AAAAAAGCUAAGCUGAUAAGUUAAAUAUAGCUGCGCAGGGCAACAGGUUGUGUUUCGGUGCAUUAUAGUUGACAUUAAACCGAGAUUACAAGUAUAAAAGAGAUAAUGAAGGCAUAUCUUGCGGUUCUCCUUUUACUACCGGCACUGAUUUCCGCCAAGUUUUGUGAAGAUGCACCCAACUCUGGCAUGGCACUAGACAAGCAAAACAAUUUGUAUCGGGGGCAACAGGAAUUUUCCGUGUCCAUGCUGGAUGCCAUACGCAAAGCGACACCCAACGAUAAUGUGUUCUUCUCACCAUAUAGCACCUAUCAUGCUUUGCUACUGGCCUACUUUGGGGCCAGUCACGACACAGAGAGCGAACUGAAGUCUGUCUUGCGCCUGGACGAUAAGCUUUCGAAGGAAGCUGUGCGCAGCGCCUAUCGCUUUGAGAAACUUGAUCGCGAGUCUCGUGCACCUAAAAUGCCGCUAAUAUUUUCCUCGGCGGAUCGUUUGUACUUUGAUAAAAAUGUUGCGCUUGCAAGCUGUGUGGAGACGCGCCUGCACGAAGAAGUUGUGCAAUUGAAUUUUGGAGAAAAGGCGGAGGAGAGCAGACAACAGAUAAACGCCUGGAUUGCCAACGUUACUCACAAUGAGAUUAGGGAUAUGCUGGCUUCCGGCGAUAUCGAUUCUAACACUCAACUAGUGUUGGCCAAUGCAGCUUAUUUUAAGGGUCAAUGGCAGAGUCGCUUCAAGGCUGACAACACGCAACAGAUGCCCUUUUAUACGUCCAGCGAGAAGGUUUCGUUUGUUCCCAUGAUGAAGCAGAAGGGCAAUUUCCUUUUAAAUACGGAUGAGCGUUUGGGUGCGCAUGUGCUACAGUUGCCUUAUCGCACUUCAAACGCAGAGACUGAAUAUCCUGAGGAUGCCGAGAUCUCAAUGGUUAUCAUACUGCCAUCGGUUAGCAAUGAUUCCAUAGAGCGUGUGCUGAGCAGAUUGAAUGCUGAUACACUCUCAGCCUCGCUGAGAGAAGCCUCAAUGCGCGAGAUUGAGGUCUCUUUGCCUAAAUUUGAGUUUGAGCAGCGUCUGGAACUAGUGCCCAUACUACGCCAGAUGGGCGUUAAUAAAAUAUUUGAUAGCGGCGCCAGCUUUAACGAUUUUACAUUGAACCAGGAAAUUGUGUUUAGCGAUGCUAAACACUUGGCCAAGAUUAAGGUGGAUGAGGAGGGCAGCACUGCGGCAGCAGCUACAGUUUUGGUGAGCUUCCGCUCGGCUCGGCCUGUUGAGCCUACGAAAUUCGAGUGCAAUCAUCCAUUUGUGUUCCUUAUUUUCGAUAAGAAAUCUAAUGCCGUGCUAUUUACUGGUAUCUAUCGUGAUCCCAAGACAAUGAAGUAAAUGACACAGUCUAUAAAAGUUUUUUUUAUCCAAAUUCACACGUGUCUCGAAUAAGUAAACUCUGAUACACAGUAAAUUGUAUUUAAAGCAAAGUUAAGCAAUAAAUAAAUUAUCAACAAAGUUAAAUUUAUCAAA